ACCACACAAAAUACCCACCUACCAAUUGCUACAAUUUUAUAUUAAACCGACACUUCUCUUCACCGAGUGCCAAUGCAAUUGCAAUAAUAGCUUCUCUCUUUAGCUAGGGCGUCUGUUAAUCCGUCGUUUUCACCUCAUUGUUAAUACAAAUUGGGUUUAUUUAAGUAUCAAAACCAUAAAAUAAAUCCCAUUUCUUCCUCUCUCGCUUGCGCCAAUGGGGCUCGCAUUUCUCCUCUCUCUCCAUUGAUUCAGCCUCUGUUUCCAUUUAUGAGCUGAAUUCUUCGCCAUGGACACUAAAGGGAGGCUCGUUGCUGGCUCGCAUAACAGGAAUGAGUUUGUUCUCAUCAAUGCUGAUGACAUUGGAAGAGUGACUUCCGUGAAGGAGUUGACCGGGCAGAUUUGCCAGAUUUGUGGAGAUGAGAUUGAAUUCAGUGUAGAUGGAGAGCCUUUUGUUGCUUGCAAUGAAUGUGCAUUCCCUGUUUGUAGGCCUUGCUAUGAGUAUGAGAGAAGAGAGGGCAAUCAAGCCUGCCCUCAAUGCAAAACUAGAUACAAGCGUAUUAAAGGGAGUCCGAGAGUGGAUGGGGAUGAAGAUGAGGAUGAGUUUGAUGAUUUGGAGCACGAAUUCGAUUACAAUGAGUAUGAGCAGCACAUUGCCGGAGCAGCCUUUUCUUCCCGGGGCAUUGGCCGGACUACCUCCGGCAUCACCACUCACUCAGAGAUGGAUCCCGCAGCUGUCAACUCCGAGAUCCCUCUCCUCACUUAUGGCCAAGAGGAUGACACGAUCUCAGCCGAUAAGCAUGCCCUGAUUAUCCCCCCGUAUGGUGGGAAGCGAAUCCAUCCGAUGCCCUCUUCUGAUUCAUCCAUGACAUUUCCACCGCGGCCGAUGGAUCCGAAGAAGGACUUGGCCGUGUAUGGCUACGGCACUGUGGCGUGGAAGGAGAGGAUGGAAGAAUGGAAGAGGAAGCAGAAUGAGAAGCUUCAAGUUGUGAAACAUCAAGGAGGAAAAGGGGGUGGAGAUGAGCUGGAUGAUGCUGAUUUACCCAAGAUGGAUGAAGGCCGACAACCACUUUCGAGGAAGAUACCGAUUCCUUCAAGCAAGAUAAGCCCAUACAGAAUCGUCAUUUUGCUGCGUAUGGCAAUUCUAGGAUUGUUCUUUCAUUAUAGAAUCCGUCACCCCGUCAAUGAUGCAUAUGGACUGUGGCUAACAUCAAUUAUAUGUGAGAUAUGGUUUGCCAUCUCCUGGAUCUUCGAUCAGUUCCCAAAGUGGUUUCCAAUCAAGCGAGAAACGUACCUCGAUAGACUCUCGUUAAGGUACGAGAAAGAGGGCAAGCCCUCCGAGCUAGCUCCUAUAGACAUAUUUGUGAGUACGGUGGACCCUUUGAAGGAACCUCCGCUAAUUACGGCCAACACCGUUCUUUCUAUACUUUCUGUGGAUUACCCCAUUGACAAGGUUGCCUGCUAUGUGUCUGAUGAUGGUGCCGCAAUGCUUACUUUCGAAGCUCUCUCAGAGACGUCUGAGUUCGCUAGGAAGUGGGUCCCGUUCUGUAAAAAGUUCAAAAUUGAACCUCGUGCUCCUGAAUGGUAUUUUGCGCAAAAGGUUGACUAUUUGAGAGACAAGGUAGAACCGACAUUUGUGAGGGAACGUCGUGCAAUGAAGAGAGAGUAUGAAGAGUUUAAAGUGCGGAUAAAUGCGCUGGUUGCAAUGGCUCAGAAGGUUCCCGAGGAGGGUUGGACGAUGCAAGAUGGUACUCCAUGGCCAGGAAACAAUGUCAGGGAUCAUCCUGGCAUGAUACAGGUAUUCCUUGGUCAAAAUGGUGUUCGGGACAUUGAAGGUAACGAGCUUCCUCGACUUAUAUACGUUUCUCGUGAGAAGAGGCCUGGAUACGAGCAUCACAAGAAAGCCGGUGCCAUGAAUUCUUUGAUACGGGUGUCGGCUGUCAUCUCAAAUGCUCCUUACCUACUCAAUGUUGAUUGUGAUCACUACAUAAAUAACAGUAAGGCUCUCAGAGAAUCUAUGUGUUUCAUGAUGGAUCCGCAAGCGGGCAAGAAAAUAUGCUACGUGCAGUUCCCUCAAAGGUUUGAUGGAAUUGAUAGGCACGACAGAUAUUCGAAUCGCAACGUUGUCUUCUUCGAUAUAAAUAUGAAAGGUCUUGAUGGGAUCCAAGGUCCAAUUUAUGUCGGAACUGGAUGCGUCUUCAGGAGGCAAGCACUUUAUGGACAUGACGCCCCCAAGAAAGCGAAACCGCCGGGGAAAACAUGCAAUUGCUGGCCAAAAUGGUGCUGCUGCUGCUUUGGAUCUAGAAAGAAGACUAAGAAAGGGAAAUCAAAGGAUGAUAAGAAAAAGACGAAGAACAAGGAAGCUUUGACUCAGAUCCAUGCUCUUGAAAACAUUGAGGAAGGAGCUGAAGUAAUUGGCAGUGAGAAGUCAGCCCUGAUGCCCCAAGUAAAACUCGAGAAAAAAUUCGGACAAUCACCAGUAUUCAUUGCUUCAGCACUCCUAGAAAACGGUGGGGUCCCUGCAGGAGCAACGUCUGCAUCGCUUUUGAAAGAAGCUAUUCAUGUGAUCAGCUGUGGCUACGAAGAUAAAACUGAAUGGGGAAAAGAGGUUGGGUGGAUUUAUGGUUCGGUUACUGAAGAUAUCUUGACUGGUUUCAAAAUGCAUUGCCACGGCUGGCGGUCGGUCUACUGUAUGCCUAAAAGACCGGCAUUCAAAGGGUCUGCCCCAAUCAAUCUUUCUGAUCGUCUCCACCAAGUUCUCCGAUGGGCCUUGGGAUCGGUCGAAAUUUUAUUGAGCAGGCACUGCCCCAUUUGGUAUGGAUACGGAUGUGGUCUUAAACCACUGGAGAGAUUCUCGUACAUUAACUCGGUCGUCUAUCCAUUGACUUCACUUCCAUUGCUUGCUUACUGCGCUUUACCAGCCGUCUGCCUGCUUACUGGCAAAUUUAUCGUCCCAGAGAUCAGUAACUACGCGAGUAUAAUCUUUAUGGGGAUGUUCAUAUCCAUCGCUGUGACUAGCGUGCUGGAGAUGCAGUGGGGAGGCGUUGCGAUCGAUGACCUGUGGAGAAACGAGCAGUUUUGGGUGAUCGGAGGCGUCUCAUCUCACUUCUUCGCUCUAAUCCAAGGUCUCCUCAAAGUUUUGGCCGGUGUCAACACAAACUUCACCGUCACUUCAAAAGCAGCCGACGAUGGGGAGUUCUCGGAUCUGUACCUCUUCAAGUGGACGUCUCUGCUGAUCCCGCCCAUGACGCUGAUGAUCAUCAACAUCAUCGGGGUUGUGGUUGGAGUCUCAGACGCCAUCAACAACGGGUACGAGUCGUGGGGGCCUCUCUUCGGGAGGCUCUUCUUCGCCCUAUGGGUGAUCGUCCAUCUGUACCCGUUCCUGAAGGGUUUCAUGGGGAGGCAGGACCGCCUCCCGACCAUCAUUGUGGUGUGGUCGAUUCUUUUGGCCUCGAUAUUCUCGUUGCUGUGGGUUCGUAUCAACCCCUUUUUGUCGAGGGAUGGCAUCGUGUUAGAAGUGUGUGGCUUGGACUGUAAUUAGAUGAUACAAAAGGGUAAAGAAGUUUAGGUGGUGUCGGAGUUCAUGUGUAGGAAGAGAAGCUGCGAAAUCGAGAUCAAUGACGGUCCGAGAAGGUCGGAAAACUAUGGAAACUGCAGCUCUCCUGUGGCCUGGUGUGUUGCUGUCUGUGUAGAUAAAAAUGAUGCGAGCUCACAUACUUUUAUUUGUCGUGCAAAGAGUUUUUUUUUCAAAAAUUUGUUAUGUAUUCUUUGUCAAUCUUUGGAUUAAGUUGUGUUCUGUAAAACAAAUAGAACGCUAUAAUUUAUAUUUCAUUCUCAAUAAAAGGCCUGAUGCGAUAAUGUGCUUUCACCUUUUGGAAA